CAAGUGCAGUUGGUGGCUGCAGCUGUAAAAGCUCCUUUAUGGUCAAAUAGCUGGAAGUUUUCUCACAGUUCAACUGUAUUUGAGUCUUGGUGGUUGAUGGAAGCAUGCAAUUGAUGAUAUUUGAUGCUCAAGUAUUCCAGGCCUUGACAAAACUAGGCCAACUCCUCCAUUUGCAUCCCCUCUUCCUGGUUCUCACUGUGCCUUUGGGGAUCGAACAUUUCUUCUUCCUCCUCCUCCUCCUCCUCCUCCACAUGGGUCUGAGGGAGUCGCUGCCCAUGGAGUACACCUCCCUUGGCUUCUUCCUCCAACCUCCUCUCCAUCAAUGGCUCCACCAACCACCACCACAACCCUCCUCUUCCUUCACACAGGUGCAACCCCAUGAAGCAGAGUGCUUGCCUCUACUGAGCCAGCUCGAGGAGCCCGCAGAGAAGAAGACUACCAUGAAAGAAGAGAGUACUAAUUACUGCUAUGACGAAGAUGUGGCCUUGAAUAUCGGCUUGCCUGGUACUGCUGCUGCGGCUGUGGAGGAGGAGGAGGAGGUGGAAGAGAGCAGCAUGAUCUGUGAUCAGAAAGAAGAACGGAUAGCCAUGAAGGAGGCAGCAUCAGGCCUUCAUGGAUUAAUUAGCAGCAGCAGGUAUUGGAUCCCUACUCCAGCUCAAAUUCUCAUUGGCCCUGAGCAGUUCGCUUGCUCUGUCUGCAACAAGUCCUUCAAUAGGUAUAACAAUUUGCAGAUGCACAUGUGGGGGCACGGGCCGGAGUACAGGAAGGGGAGGGAGUUGCUGAAGGGAGGGUCGGCGGCGGUGGCGGAGGCAGGGGUGGUGCUGAUGAAGUUGCCGUGCUACUGCUGUGCAGUCGGGUGCAAGAACAGCGUGGGGCACCCGCGGGCGCGGCCGCUGAAGGACUUCCGGACGCUGCAGACGCACUACAAGCGCAAGCACGUGGCGGCGCGCUGCUUCGGCUGUCGCAAGUGCGGGAAGGCCUUUGCGGUGCGCGGCGACUGGCGCACCCACGAGAAGAACUGCGGCCGCCUCUGGAGCUGCUCCUGCGGCUCCUGGUUCCGCCACAAGCGGUCCCUCAACGACCACGUCCGCUCCUUCGGCGCCGGCCAUGACGCCGCCGCCGCCGCCACCACCUUCGCCACUGCUAAUUCUGUCGCUGCGACGACCGCAAGAAGCGGUGAUGAUCGUGAAGACUAAUUCACGCUCAGUAAUUAAUCAGUUAAAUCUCUCGAUGGAGAGACCAUCGAAUCGUAUAGGAUUAAUCUAAGGCAUGGGUGUCGAUCUAGUGCUCAAGAACAAAAAAUUCUCGACAGAAGGGAGUUGUUUGUUGCGGAGCACGCGAUCUAGUAGGUUGAAUGAUGUUAUUGAACGACAUUAAUGAUGGUAUCAGUAUGGUUCGUGGAUGACAAAGAUGGUCGUGCAGUUGACUGACUGAUUGAUUGAUAAAUGUCCUUGAGGAUUCAUUAGGAAUUAAUCCACCAUGCAUGAACCUUUAGUUUUGAAAAUAUAACGAAGAAAACGUGUACGAUAUGCACAUGCGACCUGUUUUAAGAAUUUUAAUAAAUUGCCGACGUCCUCGCA